GAAGAAAUUAAUGUAACAUCUUUCACGAAAUUAUGUCCUAAUUUUCUACCUAAUUUCAUCCCUAUAAAUACCCUUUAAUCCUCAUCGGAUUUCCACCAUCUUUCACCAUCUCCUCUGUUUCUAGCUCCGAUCACCAUGGAUUCCAUCGAGCUCUUUCCUUCAUGGGUUUCUUACGCCGCCGCAUGGUUGGCCAUUCUCGCCCUCUUCUUCCUCUCCCGCCGCCUUCGCCGCCGCAAUCUCAAUCUCCCUCCCGGACCUAAACCAUGGCCAUUAAUCGGAAACCUCGACUUAAUUGGCUCUCUGCCUCACCAAUCCAUUCAUCAUCUCUCCAAAAAAUACGGCCCCAUCAUGCAUCUUCGCUUCGGCUCAUUCCCCGUCGUCGUUGGCUCCUCCGUCGAGAUGGCUAAGAUUUUCCUCAAAACCCAUGAUCUGAACUUCGUGUCUCGCCCCAAAACCGCCGCCGGAAAAUACACCACCUAUAACUAUUCCGACAUCACUUGGUCUCAAUACGGCCCUUAUUGGCGCCAAGCUCGUAAGAUGUGUUUGAUGGAGCUUUUUAGUGCUAAACGGCUUGAUUCUUAUGAGUACAUCAGGAGGGAAGAAAUGAAUGCUCUGCUUCGAGAUGUUUACAGGUCUUGUGGGGAUGUUAUCAAGGUUAAGGAUUACUUAUCCACUGUGAGUUUGAAUGUUAUAAGUCGAAUGGUGUUGGGGAAGAAGUAUACGGAUGAGUCGGAGAAUGGUAUUGUUAGUCCGGAUGAGUUCAAGAAGAUGUUGGAUGAGUUGUUCUUGUUGAGUGGUGUUCUUAAUAUUGGGGAUUCUAUACCGUGGAUUGAUUUCUUGGAUUUGCAAGGGUAUGUGAAGAGGAUGAAGGCUUUGAGUAAGAAAUUUGAUAGGUUUCUUGAACAUGUGUUGGAUGAACAUAAUGCGAGGAGGGAGGGUGUUAAGGAUUAUGUGGCUCAAGAUAUGGUGGAUGUUUUGUUGCAAUUGGCUGAUGAUCCUGAUCUUGAAGUCAAACUCGAACGCCAUGGAGUCAAAGCGUUUACUCAAGACCUUAUAGCAGGCGGAACAGAGAGCUCAGCGGUGACAGUAGAAUGGGCAAUGUCGGAGCUUUUGAGAAAGCCAGAGAUAUUGAACAAGGCAAGGGAAGAGCUGGACAGAGUGAUCGGAAAGGAAAGAUGGGUGGAAGAGAAGGACAUCGCAUCCUUACCAUACAUCGACGCAAUAGCCAAAGAGACGAUGCGGCUGCACCCAGUAGCGCCAAUGCUAGUGCCGAGAAUGUGCCGAGAGGAUUGCCAAAUAGCAGGGUACGACAUAGCGAAAGGCACUCGAGUGCUGGUGAAUGUGUGGACCAUCGGGAGGGACCCAGCAGUGUGGGAGAACCCAAACGAGUUCAGCCCAGAGAGGUUCAUGGGGAAGAGCAUCGACGUGAAGGGGCAGGACUUUGAGCUCCUGCCGUUCGGGUCUGGACGGAGGAUGUGCCCUGGGUACAGCCUUGGGCUGAAGGUUAUUCAGUCGAGCCUGGCCAAUCUGCUGCACGGAUUUACUUGGAGUUUGGGUGGGGACAUGAAGAAGGAAGAUUUGAAUAUGGAUGAAGUCUUCGGACUCUCCACUCCCAAGAAAUUCCCUCUGGACGUCGUGGCUCAGCCUCGGCUUCCUCCUCAUCUCUAUUCCAUCUGAUAGUUUUCAAAUAGUCUACUAAGUCAAAGUCAAAGUCAACGAUAAAGUCAAAGGAAAGGAAUGGGACUGCCAACGUGGAAGUACUUGACCCUUUUAGAUGAAUUUCGUGUACACCCAAAUAAAAUUU